AGGCGUCAACUUUCUGCGCACCUGUUGGUGAUGAUAGAUCACGAGUCUUUAGCGUUCGCUCCUCUUCACACUGUCGUCUUCUCCUUUUGUCCUUUUAUCACUUUUUAUCGUUUUUGGAGCGUUAUCGUUGUACACGGGUGUAUUUUGGAUAACAGUUUGUUUGUCCUCGUCUAGUGACAAUAUGAACCAAGCUGACCUUCGGAGGCUUUUUGCAGCAUGUGAUGGGAAUAAGUCGGGAAGAGUCGAAUACGAGGACUUCACCAGUGUUUGUCGAGAGCUUAAUGUGCCUGCGGACGAGAUCAGGACUUUAUUCAACAAGUUUGAUCUGGACGGGGACGGAUACAUUAAUUUCAACGAUUUUUCGUCAAGCUUUCAGGAAGUUUCCGAAGCCCUCAAUUUGGCGUUGUUGGGAAACCGUUUGCAAAGUCAGAGAAGCGCUUGGGAUGGGUUUGAAAACACAUUCGACGGAGAUGUGGCCUUUUAUUUGGGAAGGCAGUGGGAUGAAUUGAGGGAGUUGUAUGAACAGAUCCACUCUACAUCAGAUGAGCUGUUACUGCAGCAAUAUGAGGACCUCAUCAAGGCUCUUGUGGCUGAGAGCAAAGAGCACAGGAUGGAGAGUGAACAACUCGAGACCAGUCUACGAAGGACAGAGGAACUGACCAGCAGUCAUUUAGCAGAGAUGGAGGAGGACUUGCAGCUGCAACUGGCCCGCACGGAAGAAAGGGUGAGGGAAGAGGACAGAGGAACUGACCAGCAGUCAUUUAGCAGAGAUGGAGGAGGACUUGCAGCUGCAACUGGCCCGCACGGAAGAAAGGGUGAGGGAAGAGGCAGUAACGGGAAGCAAUAUAUCUUUAGCUGGAACGGCACUGAAAAAUCGAUCUUGUGGAGACCUCUAAUUGGCACACUUGCAAUGCAAAUUGGAACAUUUGUGAUCUUAUCGGCUUUCAUUUGUGUUCCUCUGCAGGAAAAUGAGGAGCUGAGAAGUUCUCUUAUGAAAGCCCAGAUAAAUGUCUCCAUUCUCCAGGUUGAGUUGGACAGGUUGAAGAAUGCCUUCACUGACCAGAAACUCCAACAUGAGAGAGAAAGCGAUGACCUUAAGAAGAUGGUGAUGGAGUACCAGUCUUAUUCCAACCAAAUAGAAUUCCUCCAGUUGAGAACCACUCAAAUUGAAGACUUGCACGACACUGAAGAUCUUGCUCCAGUGUACCGUCUGGUGUUGGCUGGGGAUGCCGGGUCGGGAAAAUCCAGCUUUUUACUAAGAUUGAGUCUUAAUGAAUUUAGAGGAGAUAUACAAACCACUCUUGGUGUUGAUUUUCAAAUCAAGAAGAUGCUUGUAGAUGGAGAGAAAACAAACCUUCAGAUCUGGGACACUGCUGGACAGGAAAGGUUCCGCAGCAUCGCCAGGUCAUAUUUUCGCAAAGCACAUGGAGUGCUACUGUUGUAUGAUGUCACGUCUGAGAGCAGUUUCCUUAAUGUUCGUGAAUGGGUGCAACAGAUUCGGGAGUCAACAGAUGAGGACAUCCCAAUGUGUAUAAUAGGGAACAAGGUAGAUUUGAGGGCAGAGAGGCCAGAGGGAAGCUGUGUAAGCGCGUUCCAUGGGGAAAAGCUUGCUAUGGCUUAUAAUGCCCUGUUCUGCGAAGCAAGUGCUAAAGAGGGGACGAAUGUCAUCGAGGCAGUUUUGCAUUUAGCAAGAGAAGUCAAGAAACAUGCAAAACUGGGGCGGAGGUCAGAGUCACAGGUUAAGCUGAGUUGUCCUAAACGGAAGAAGACUCUGAGCAACUGCUGUGGAGUCUAAGUCAUGCAGAGAUCUGGUUUAAAAAAUUUUUUAAUGCUUUUUAAAAUUUAAAUCCUGU